AUGCUUCAAAGUAGAAAAGUUGAUAAUAUAGACGAAACAAAAAUUUAUGGAGUUAUGCCUUAUGUAGCUCCUGAAGUAUUAAGAGGUAGUCCUUAUACUAAAGCAGCGGAUAUAUAUAGCUUUGGAAUGAUUAUGUAUUUUGUAGCAACUGAAAAACAGCCAUUUGCAAAUUGUGCUCAUGAUAAUUUAUUAGCAUUAGAUAUAUGUAAUAAAAGAAUUAGGCCUGAAAUAAAUGAGCCAGAAGCACCUAAGUGCUAUAUUGAUUUAAUGAAGAAUUGUUUAGAUUCAAAUCCUAUUAAUAGGCCUAAUGUUGCUGAAGUGGAAAAACUCAUUAAACAAUUUUACUCAAAUAAUGAAGACCAAUUCAAGGAAGCAGAAGAAUAUAGAUUAAACAAUAAUGAUAGAAUAGGUAAAAAUAACUAUUCAAUAACUCAUACUGAAGCUAUCUAUACAUCUAGAUUACUUAACCCUUUUACAAAAGACCUUCCAAAAUAUGCAGAUGAUAAUACUGAUUGCUUAGACUGUGCAAUCUGA